UUAUUGCUGUCUGUAGUUUGUUUUCAUUUUCAUCUCUUUUCUUUUCUCCUCCAGACACAAAUCAGCAAAAACACGAUCCAUUCCCAAUUUCCAUCACACACAGACAAACACUCUCUACAUUUUCAUUUCCCUGCGUGAUCGUUCAGAUUCACAGGCCUUAUGGCGACGAGAUAUUGGGUAGUGUCUCUCCCCGUUCAAAAUUCCGCAUCCACUCUCUGGAACAAAUUGCAGGAACAAAUCUCCAAACACUCCUUCGACACUCCUCUUUACAGAUUCAACAUCCCCAAUCUCCGGGUCGGAACCCUAGACUCCCUCCUCUCCCUCAGCGACGAUCUCGUCAAGUCGAACAGUUUCGUGGAGGGAGUGUCGCACAAGAUAAGGCGGCAGAUUGAGGAGCUGGAGAGAGUGUCGGGCGUGAUGAGCAGUGGUUUGACGGUGGAUGGAGUCCCCGUUGAUUCCUACUUGACGCGGUUUGUUUGGGAUGAAGCGAGGUACCCGACUAUGUCGCCAUUGAAGGAGAUUAUCGAUGGGAUUCACGGUCAGGUGGCAAAGAUUGAGGAUGAUCUCAAGGUUCGUGUUUCCGAGUAUAACAAUAUCCGCAGUCAGCUUAAUGCCAUCAACCGAAAGCAAACUGGAAGCUUAGCCGUCCGUGAUCUUUCCGACUUGGUAAAACCUGAGGAUAUUAUAACUUCAGAAAAUUUAACUACCCUUCUGGCAAUUGUUCCCAAAUAUUCACAGAAGGAUUGGCUCUCUAGUUAUGAAAUCUUGACAAACUAUGUGGUUCCCAGGUCUUCCAAGAAGUUGUAUGAGGAUAACGAAUAUGCUCUUUAUACUGUAACACUCUUCAGUCGUGUUGCAGACAAUUUUAGAACUAGUGCACGUGAAGAAGGGUUCCAAAUUCGUGAUUUCGAAUACAGUCCCGAAUCACACGACAGCAGGAAGCAAGAGUUAGAGAAAUUGGUGGAAGAUCAGGAAAGUUUGAGGGGUUCUCUAUUGCAGUGGUGUUAUACAAGUUAUGGAGAGGUUUUCAGCUCCUGGAUGCACUUUUGUGCAGUGCGUGUAUUUACCGAGAGCAUUCUGAGAUAUGGUCUUCCACCAUCUUUCUUGGCAUGUGUUUUAGCUCCAUCAGUCAAAGCAGAGAAGAAAGUACGUUCUAUCCUUGAAGGGUUGAGCGAUAGCUCAAACAGUGCUUACUGGAAGACUGAGGACGAAGGAGUUGGGAUGGCUGGCCUAGCAGGUGAUGCUGAUGCCCACCCUUAUGUCUCCUUCACUAUCAAUCUUGUUUGAGUGCAGCACCCAGAAACAAGCCCUGUCUCGUUUCAGGGUCAGCGAAAGAUUCCUUGUACAUUAGGGUCAUGUUCAAUUCUUUUAUAUAUAUAUAUAUAUAUAUAAUUUGAGCGUAUUGAAGUUUCCAGAAGGAUAAGGAUCUGGUGAAUUUAAGUGUAGUUUUGUGGUAUCAAGUUUUGAUCAUUAGCAACUUGUAUGUUGAGUUGUCUCAUUAUGUUCGAUCGUAUGUGAUUGUGCGACUCGAGGAGUUAGAAUCUUUGUAUUUUCCUGUUAAAUAUCUACAAUAUAUCAUAUAAUAUUUUAAUUGUCUUGAAUUUUUUAAAA